GGGCGGCCCGCUAGCCCUGGGGUGGUUCUAGAGGAGGAUGGGGUUCGCUCCCCGAGCUUCCCAGGGAGCCGCUGGGGAAGCAAGGGUCGUGCAAAGAUAAGUGUGUGCCUCGGGGCGCGUCUGGAAAGAAUGAACAAGCGAAUGGGAGGCAGCUGACUCAACUCCCUCUCCGCGCUGGGUCUUUGGAGGUGCAAGUUGCGAGUCCUUGGAGAGCUUUGUGGCUAGCUGCUAAAACGCGGAACGAAUCACGGGCCAUGAAGAGUGUUCGGACCGCUCACCUCAAAGGUGGCAUCUGGGCUGGCAGCGUCCUGCCGCGCUGAGGGUGUAAGAGGGGUGCGGGCUGCUGGAUCCCGACGGAGCGCACCACCAUGGCCAGAGAGGAAUGCAAGGCGCUGCUAGACGCACUCAACAAGACCACCGCUUGCUACCACCAUUUGGUGCUGACCGUCGGCGGCUCAGCGGACUCACAGAACCUGAGGGAGGAACUACAGAAGACCCGCCAGAAGGCGCGGGAGCUGGCGGUGACCACUGGUGCCCGGCUGACUGUUGCGCUGCGCAACCGGGGUCUGGCCGCGGAGGAUCGCAUGGAAUUUGAGCGCCUCUGGGUGGCCUUCUCUGGUUGUCUGGACAUACUGGAAGCCGACAUGCAACGCGCACUGGCGCUGGGAGCCGCGUUCCCGCUGCAUACGCCUCUGCGGCCGCUUGUGCGCACCGGUGUAACUGGUGAUUCCUCCCGGGUAGCAGCGCGCGCCUUGAGCGCCCGCAGCCUAAGUCACCAGGCUGAACGCGACUUUGACGUCUCAGAUCUGAAGGAGUUGGAGCGCGAGGUCCUUCAGGUGGGAGAGAUGAUCAACGACAUGGAAAUGAAAGUCAAUGUACCGCGUUGGACAGUACAGGCCCAGAAGACCGCGGGCGCCGAACUACUGUCCAGUAACAGCAUGGGCGCCUCCUCCGUCGGCGCCGUGUCUGUAGAAGAGCGCUCGAGAUCCUGCAACCCCAGCAAGGCCUUGGCUGCUACUCUUUUCAGCGCCGUGCUGCUGGCGGCUGUGGCCCUAGCCUUGAGCGUGGUAAAGCUAGGUUGACGCUUGACGGCCACCCUUACCCACCGCCUGCAGCCUGCUCCCUCCCGGUAAACAAGAUUCAAAAUGGGCUUUGCAGUCUGGCCUGUUAAGGCAAGCAGCACAAAAACACCGUAUGCGCAUGUGUAUAUGCAUUUCUAGCGCACCUCUGCCUGGGCAGGACAUGGUUUUCUUUUGCUGGCCCGGGAGGAGUUAACUUUGCUUGAGCUGUCAGGGCAUUACCGCUAAUAUCUGCAGGAGCUUUAUUCCCUAUUAAUAGAAACGAUCCAUAGUGACCCCAGAUUCCUUUGAGUUAAUAGGUUAACGCGUGUGCUACUGGGACGUUUUUACACGGAGUCCAAAUUUGGUGCCCCACUCCUGCAGGCGUCUCCCACUCUCUGCAUGGGACAGUUUGGAGAAGUGGGUGAGGUGGUAUGAAGCAUGAAGAGGGUGGGUGGUUUUGCUGUUUGUAGGUGGCUGAUUUGUUUCCUGGACACGAAACGAAUUGCAAUAAGAUGUAAGCAGGUAUUAUUAUUAUUAUUAUUAUUAUUAUUAUUACCUCAGUCCUUUGGGGCCUAAAUUUAAGAGAAUGUGCAGUUAGAAGUUCAAACAAAGUGCUUUCUUAUGGCCCAGUGGCCCAGUUUAUGGCAGUUGAUCCAUUAGUCACCAAAAGAGAUUUGGGGUCUUAACCUCCCGCUGCUGUACAAGAUCUGACCCUAUUUAGGAAACCAAAGAAAGUAGUUGGUUGAACCUGCUAUAUAGCAGGAUUAGAUCCACCACACACACCUGCCUGCCAAGAAGGGUUCUCCCCAGCCAGCCUUGGAUGGUGGAGAAAGAGGAUGAGGAGGCUUUGGGAAAGGCCACAUGCUAUGUAAACAAGCACUUUCUCCUUCUCAGGGGCUUAUUUUUGUUGCAGAACUAGACCAGAGUGUUUGAUCCUCCUUUGAGGGAGGACAAGAGAAUCCUCUUUGAAGCACUUAAUCCUAUUUAUCCCCGGAAUUUGCUUGCUAGCCAAUAGGAUGGUUGGCUUUGGAGGGAGAAGGACUGCUCCCUGACCCCCCACACUGUCUGGUCAUGUGGCAUUACUGGCCCACAGAGAUUUUGAGUCAAUGAGCUCUGACACUGGGUUAGAAUGUAACUGCUUUAAAUUGAAAUUUAAGAAGCUUUAAGUAUAUAUGUGUAUAUAUAUUUAAACAUACAUAUGUAUAUAAACAUCUUGAAAGAAAAAUAACAUUACCACAUCAUGUACUAUCAAAGCUGUUUUUUAACAUGAAAGCAUUGGACAACGAAUUCAUAUGUGCCAAUGAGUCUUUAUGUACCCUUAGGUUACAAAAUAAGUAACUGCACCUAUUUUUCAAAUCUAUAUUCUAGAAUACAGAUUGAAUUUUGAGGUUGUAGGAUCAGUACUGGAAUCACAGGUUAAUGUAAGAAGUAAACUGUCUUUGCUUCUUUUGAUCCAUAAAUAAGGAAAUGUGGAAAGCACCCUUGGUCCCAGGCAGGAAUUUGCCUAAACACUGCAGCCACCUCCUGCUUGGGGUUCAGAGAAGCUCUGUCACAUUCUUGGGGACAUGAGGCUGAGAAAAUAGAUGCAUUCAACUUUCUAGAGAUAAUUUAGAACAAAAUCAAGAGAUUUUGGUUUGGCUGAAAACCAACACAGAUUUUUUUUUUCUUUCUCACCCCAGAAGUGAGAAAGGGGAUCAGGUGGAAGGAAUUGACAGUUUUCCACAAGAGCAGCUUGGAGGGCCAAGGGACAGAAGCAAAUAGCAGCUGGAUUUCUGUCUGGGCACCCAAUCCUGAGGACUGCUCCUUAUCCUCUACCCUAGCCCAAUUUCACUCCUUUUCAACACAUAAAUUCCAGCGCCAGGUAGGGAAACAGAAUCUGUUAGCUUAUGUCUGUGGUCAUGCUUUUAAAAAACCCACAAGGUCUUAAGCUGACCAAACCUCUUAUAACAAUUGCUAUGAGAAGCUCCUUCUGCUUCACUCAAUCUGGAUGAGUCUGAAUAGGGGCCACUUCCAAUUCUCUUGCACCUGUCUUGCCAGGGCGCUUUUGGAGAUGACGUAGAAAGAUUUUAAAUUUCCCACACACAACACAACAUGAGUCUAUCACCCUCUCCAAAGUCUAAUCUCUCUCAAGCAAGAGAAUGCUAGGACACUUUGUAAACCAGUGUUGAAAAACGUCCUUAAAAAAUAAGACCUAGGUGCUGGGGCUGGGGAUCAGCAGUAGCACACGUGUCUGGCAUGUAUGAGGCACUGGGUUCAAUUCUCAGCACUACAUAUAAAUAAAUAAAGGUCUAUCAAUAACUAAAAAAAAUUAAAAAACAAAAAAGCCCUAAAGAUGUUCUGCCAUUUUGAAGACUGCAACCUCUAUUCUUCUCAGGGUGUUUUGGGUCAUGAAAAAAAAAAAAUUCAGUAGAACCUGUUUUAAAAACAAUCCAUCUGCUGUUUGGUAAUCUGUUGAGAGUAAAUAGGGCAAACAAGUUUCCUUGUCUCUCCUUCCACCCAUUUGCCAGUUCCUUGGGUAUUAUAAGAGCAAUCAGAUGUGCACCUGCUCUGAGGAUCUCUGCUCAAUGAAAUUAGUGAUGAAAUGUUACAAAAAGAAAAGGCUGAAUUACAAUAAAUAUAUUUAUCCUUUGGGCUUGUUAACCUAUGGAACUUCAGCUAUGACAAAUGCAAAAUCACUUUCUGCCUUGUGCAAUAGAUUGCUCCCUGCCCUCUUUCUUUCUUUCUUUU